GCUCGUGGGACGCUGUUGUUCUUGUAACGAAAACUUUUUACUGAAUGGUUCGCAAUAUCUAACACAAUGGAGUUAUCGUUGGUGGCUCAAUUCGAUGAGCUUCGUCGGUCGUGUGAUGUGUUGCGUGAUGGCACGGCCGAAGUAGAAUUUCUUCGCUUCGCCCAGCUACAGGAUGAGUGCCGGAUGCAGUGGCUAAAAUCGAUCGAGGAGGCCCAGCGCUUGCAGCGCGAGCUGGACAAUGCAUUGCGCAGCAUAACAGCCCUGGAGUCUAAACUGUUUCAUGCACGUAAACUCCUCGAAACAGAAACGAAAGCCCGGAAGCAUGCCGAAAAGGAACGGGAUUUGGUCGAGGGGAAGAUGCUGGAUGUGUUCGAUAUAGUAAGGAACGAACAUACGCUGCGGGAUGUGACGCGAGAACGGUUGGCCGAGUUUGAACGCGUGCCGCGGCGCCGAUCUCGUCUCGGCCAUGGCCAUCACUCGGAGCUGAACGGUGGAGAAGUGGACAACGACAUCAACUCGACGGGUUCGUUUUUGGUCGAUCUAUCGUUGACACAAUCGGAGGACGAUUUCCUCGAGCCUUUGAAAGCACAAACAAAGCGCAAGUCUUGGAAGAAGCACCGUCCUUCGUAUAACAACAAUGUCAGCUUUAAGGUACCGCAGGAUCCUCCUAAGCAGAAGGCGAUGGAAAUAAAUUCAACUGCAACCACGAUGGAACCACGCGGGCUUGGAGAAAUCAUUGCCCACGCCAAGGUGACCGUCCCGACCGGUAACGAUGGUGGGCCAAUUUUAGCCGAAUCGACCUUCCGUACAGCGGCUCCUCAACAAAAUCACGGUCCAGCCGUUUCUAGCUGUGCUUCAUCCAACUCCACGGCUGCUACGAUUGUGAAUGUUCCACCACCAACAACACCAUCCGAGAAGCCAGAGAUGAAGAAAACUAUCAUACAACGGCAACACGAUCUGGCAAGCAAGACGUACAUCGCCUCGGAUACGUGCAACCAGUGCCAGGAACGCAUUCGUUUUGGCUACAAUGGACUAAAGUGUCGCGAGUGCAAAGCCACCUUUCACCUCUACUGCCGGGAGAAAAUAUCGUUCCCCUGUGUUCCGCAAUCUCAGACGAAGAACGGACGUCGUGGUACGGCGAACACGGCGGCUACCAAUGCGCCCACUACCCCGCAUGCACCGGGCGUAUCGAAAUUCAUGCUAGAAGAUUUCUGUCCCUCGUCCAGCCCUCGCAUUCCGGCCCUCAUCGUGCACUGCGUAAGCGAAAUCGAAAACCGUGGCCUUGUGGAGGAAGGCUUGUACCGUGUGAGCGCCUCAGAGCGGGAAGUACGUACGCUGAAGGAAAAGUUCCUUCGCGGCAAAACCAUCCCGACGCUCGGUCAGAUGGACGUACAUGUCCUUUGCGGUUGCGUUAAGGACUUUUUACGGACGCUCCGAGAGCCGCUCAUCCCACCCGCACUGUACCCUGAGUAUAGAAACUUUGCCGCCACAAACUCUGGGCUGGACAUUAAUCAGCGAAACAUCGACACGCUCUGUCAGCUGAUCGAACGGAUGCCCGAACCGAACCGGGACACGCUGGCGUUCCUGAUGCUGCACUUCCAGCGCGUCGCUCUAUCCGAGCGAACCAAAAUGUCGAUCGACAAUCUGGCGCGUGUAUUCGCCCCGACCCUCGUUGGUUACUCUCGGCCAGAUCUGGACCUGAACGAUAUGUGUGCCGAAACUUUCAUCCAAGUUAUCAUCCUCCAAAGUAUGCUGCACAUCCCGACCGACUACUGGAGCCGGUUCAUUAUGUUGCAGUCGUCAAACGAGAACGUCGAUGGCAAUGGCUGGAAGACCAUGGGUGCACCAACUCCCCGGCGUGGUGGUGUUGAACCGAGUGCCCCUUCUGCGGCUACCCUGGAGAAAGAAAGACGCUUUGAAACACCAGUUCUGCGGCGGCAGAAAAAAGAUAGGAAAUACUAUGCGACCCCACCGUACAAGACGUCGAAAGAUUAACACUGUCCAGUCAGGGCGGGAGAAGUGUUGUUUUUUACUUAAAGAAUUAGAAUUAUUUCCUUUCAAUCAUGCCUUCUCCCCAGCGCCCGUUUCUUUUUUAUACAUUAACCAUUAUA